AUGUCGAACGACGCAGUCGAUACCCCUAACCACCACGAGGACCAUUCUUCGCUUCCGCAGGGAAUACACGAGACAGAGGAGGAAAAGAAGCGGCACUGGUUCGUGGGUAGCGUCGACCAGGGCACCACCUCGACGCGUUUCCUAAUCUUCAACGGGGAGGGUGAUCCAGUCGCAAGCCACCAGGUAGAACUUGGGAGCCUCUAUCCAAAGUCAGGCUGGCAUGAGCAAGAGCCGCUUGACCUGCUUAGCUCGGUUGAGCAAUGCAUCAACGGAGCAGUGCAGAAGUUUGAGGCGCUGGGGCAUUCCAAGGCCGACAUCCGGUCCAUCGGCAUCACGAACCAGCGCGAGACAACAGUAGUCUGGGACAGCAAUACCGGAGAGCCGCUCUACAACGCCAUCGCCUGGCCGGACACACGCACCAAGAAUCUGGUGCGAGAACUCAGGUCGCGCGAGUUGGCCGACACUCUCACAGAGCUGUGUGGGCUUCCUCUAUCAACGUAUCCCAGCAGCGUCAAGUUGCUCUGGCUCCUGCAGAAUGUUGAUGUCGUCAAGCAGGCCUAUGAAGAGGGCCGUCUCGCUUUCGGGACCGUGGAUUCAUGGUUAAUCUACAGACUCAACGGCGGCGCACAGGCGGAGAAACCCAUCCAUGUCACAGACAGCACGAAUGCGAGCAGGACCAUGUUUAUGAACCUACGCACACUAAAGUACGACGACAAACUUCUGGGCUUCUUUGGGAUCGAUAAGCACAAGAUCCAACUACCCAAGAUCGUGCCGUCGUCCGAUCCCAAGUGCUUCGGUAAGCUGACAACGGGCGCGCUCGCCGGUGUGUCCAUUGCCGGGUGUCUAGGCGAUCAAUCUAGCGCACUAGUCGGACAGUGUGGAUUCAACGCCGGUCGAGCCAAAAAUACAUAUGGAACAGGGUGCUUUCUCCUCUACAACGUAGGCUCCGAGCCCGUCAUAUCUAAAUACGGCCUGCUAGCUACGGUCGCCUACGAUUUCGGCGCACUAAGGAAACCCGUUUACGCCCUGGAGGGGAGCAUAGCAGUAGCUGGGUCCGGUGUCAACUUUUUGAUGAACAACCUGGGAUUUAUGGAACAGUCAAGCCAAAUUACAGACCUCGCCCUGGAGGUCGAAGACAAUGGCGGCGUGGUUUUCGUAACAGCCUUCAGCGGACUCUUUGCCCCGUACUGGAUUGACGACGCCAAGGGGACGCUGUUCGGUAUUACACACCACACAACCAAGGGACACAUUGCGCGCGCAACACUCGAGGCGACGUGCUACCAGACUAAGGCAAUCCUCGACGCCAUGGAGAAGGACUCGAACCACAAGCUUGAGUCGCUCGCCGUCGACGGCGGCAUGUCUAACUCGGACCUGUGUAUGCAAACCCAGGCUGACAUCAGUGGUAUUCUCGUGGACCGGCCGGCCAUGCGCGAGACGACAGCCCUCGGCGCAGCCAUAGCUGCUGGCCUUGCCACGGGCGUGUGGUCCGACUUUGAAGACCUCAGGGAGAUUGGCCAAACUGGCAGGAAAGUGUUCACUCCGCAGAUGGAACCCGCCGUAGCCGCCAAGUUGUUCAAGAACUGGGAACGCGCCGUCGAGAUGAGUCGUGGAUGGAUGAAGGAUCAUCCCGAGUGA